AUCAAACCCCCGGGUCUGGUCUGAAUUGUCGUGAAACCAGAGUCAGUGUAGACACCGUCCGUCCGGAUCUGUGCUCUUUUUUUUUUAUUGUGUCCUGCUGUGCAGCCCACGCGAGGCUGCAGCUACAUCUGCACCAGGUUUGAAUCCUCAGACACUCAUCAGUGACUGACCCGCGGCUGUCUGCUGUUCAGAUGUUGGGAGACAAGGCUCACGGUGUGACUCUGAAGGUUAUGGAAUACACAUAUGAUGAUGACCUGGAAGAGCUGUGUCCUGUGUGCGGAGACAAAGUGUCCGGGUAUCACUACGGUCUGCUCACCUGCGAGAGCUGCAAGGGCUUCUUCAAGAGGACGGUGCAGAACAACAAGAGGUACACGUGCGCGGAAAACCAGGAGUGUAAAAUAGACAAGACCCAAAGGAAGAGAUGUCCCUUCUGUCGCUUCCAGAAAUGUCUUAACGUCGGGAUGAGGCUAGAAGCUGUGCGUGCAGACCGCAUGCGUGGGGGGAGAAAUAAAUUCGGGCCCAUGUACAAGAGAGACAGGGCCUUGAAGCAGCAAAAGAAGGCUUUGAUUCGAUCCAACGGGUUCAAGCUGGAGAGCGCCGCUCCUCCGCCGGCCUCGCCGCUGCAGACCGACUACGGCUUCACUGGCACCCUGCACACCCUGCCCACCAUCUCCAAAAGCCUGCUUCCCUCCACCCCCAGCUCCAUCACCCCCACAGACUACGAGGCCAACCUCUAUGGACCCCCGUCCCUGGGCAUGGCCAUGCAGUCCCAUGUGCCCCUCACCUCCCAGUACCAGUACACAGCCUUCCCCGGCAGGGUAAUCAAAGCCGAGUGUCCCGACUACACCAGCUCCCCCGAGUCUCUGACAGGAUACCCCUACCCUGACAUGUACCCCUCGGCCUCGCCGCAGCCCCCCAGCCUGCCACCGCUGGUUCUGGAGCUGCUGCGCUGCGACCCAGACGAACUGGUGGUGCAGAAUAAGAUCGUUGCUCACCUGCAGCAGGAACAGGGGGGGCGGGGCCGGCUGGACAAACCCAGCACCUUCAGCCUCAUGUGUCGCAUGGCGGACCAGACUCUCUUCUCCAUAGUGGAGUGGGCUCGGAGCUGCAUCUUCUUCAAGGAGCUUAGGGUGGGCGAUCAAAUGAAGCUGCUCCACAACUGCUGGUCUGAGCUCCUGGUCCUGGAUCACAUUUUCAGACAGGUGCAGCAUGGGAAGGAAGACAGCGUCCUGCUGGUGACGGGCCAGGAGGUGGAGCUGUCGUCCAUCUUGUCCCAGGCUGAGGCCACGCUGUCAGGUCUGGUCCAGAGGGGUCAGGAGCUGGCGGCGAGGUUGCGGACGCUUCAGGUCGACCGCAGAGAGAUCGCCUGUAUGAAGUUCCUCCUCCUGUUCAACCCUAAUGUGAAGCUGCUGGAGAACCAGGCGUUUGUGGAGGGUGUCCAGGAGCAGGUGAACACGGCCUUGCUGGAGUACACCCUCUCCACCUACCCUCAGUUCCAGGACAAGUUCAGCCAGCUGGUGGUGCGGCUGCCGGAGCUGCGCUCCCUCAGCACACAGGCGGAGGACUACCUGUGCUACAUGCACCUGAGCGGAGAGGUGCCCUGCAACAACCUGCUCAUCGAGAUGCUGCACGCCAAGCGAGCAUGCGUGUGAGGGACGUGUGAGGAUACUCCGCCGCCGUCGCCGUGUGUUUGUCUAGGUGAGACUGUGGGAGUGAGAGGAAGAUUCCCCGGCUUGUACGGCUCGUCUGUGUUCGGCCUUUUGUUUGAGUCAGAGGAGAAAAUGUUCUUUUGACUUUGGAAUUAUAAAGCUCCAUCUGUUCUCAAGGUCAUCUCUGAUAUCGUUAAUGUGACCUUUACAAACUGGAUUUUCUUCCCUGUUUUCAAAAAUCUAAAAUUAGAGUCACGAUAAAAGCAUGCUACGACCCAGCAUACACCAGUGCUGAACGGCCAUUUAGACAUGGACGUCUGUCCACAGCUGCUAAACAUCUGUCUGAUAUCACUGCUAAACUGUGAUCGGAAUUUUAUUAUGAAAUCUGGAGCUGGGUGGGCUGAUGUUGACCUGUCACAUCACAGGAUGGGACCGUUACCGUGGAAACACCUGAUGGAUGGCUAACAUGCACUUUUUCAAACAGACUUCGUAGCUUCUUCUCAGAAAUCAAAUUUUAAUGUGAGAAUGAGUCGUUUUUGAUCCAAAUGUCAGAUGAAACUUUAUGAUUCCAAGAUCAGUGACUUGUUCCCAGAUGAUGAUGAUGAUGAUGAUGAUGAUGAUUAUUAUUAUUUUUUAGAUGAAGACAGACUUCAGGGUAACACAGUAUACUGUGGUCUCGUCAGACUAGACUAGCACUGCUCGUAUCUCUGCACUUGUUCUUUUAGUCACCAACCUUACAAAAAAAUAAAUACAUAUGAAAGCUC